AUGGCUAAAGCUUAUAGGAAAGAUGAUUUUGAAUAUUUCAUGGCAAAGAUUGAAAAAGCUGAUCCGAGAGUGAAAAAAUAUUUACUAGAAGCUGGAUAUGAAAAGUGGAGUAGAUGUCAUUCACCGGUAAACAGAGGUCGGAUGAUGACCUCGAAUAUUGAUGAGUGUAUUAAUGAUUGUUUGGUAGAGGCCCGGAGAUUGCCAAUAUAUGGAUUCUUAGAAGAAGUUCGAAUAUUAGUUGGUUCUUGGAACUGUAAGAACAGUGAAAUAACUUCUUAUAAAAGUACCACUCUGGGUUAUCGAUUUGAAGAAAUGCUUACUCUCAACGGUGUGAAAGCUUUGAGAAUGACGGUGAAGACUUCUUCAACAUAUAUAUAUUCGGUUUAUGAAUCUGGGAGAAGAUACAUUAUUGAUUUAGAAAAUGGCUUAUGCAACUGUGCGAGGUUUCAAAUAGAUCAAAUACCUUGUGCUCACGCUAUAUUUGUAUUGAAGUCUAAACAUGUAAAAGAUUUUGGAGAUUACUGUUUAGAAUACUACAAGCCAAACACAUUGGUCAAGACAUAUGAGGUUUCAAUCGUUUCAAUGCCAGACAAGAAAGAUUGGGAUGUUCCCAACAGUGUAGAUGAGGAAGAAGUGUUGCCACCGUUAUAUAAAAUACAUUCAGGUAGACCUAAAAAGGGCAGGAAGAAGAAAUCAUGUGAAACACUUUAUUCAAGCACAAACCGUUGUGGAUGA